AUGAGCGCUCCCGCACAGCAAUUCAAGGUCGCCGAUAUCUCCUUCGCGGCGUUCGGUCGUCGUGAGAUCGAGUUGGCUGAGAAUGAAAUGCCUGGUUUGAUGCAAACGCGUGCCAAGUACGCUGCUGACCAGCCCCUCAAGGGUGCCCGUAUUGCUGGAUGUCUCCACAUGACCAUCCAGACUGCCGUCCUCAUCGAGACCCUCACUGCCCUCGGUGCUGAGGUUACCUGGUCAUCUUGCAACAUCUUCUCCACCCAGGACCACGCCGCCGCUGCCAUUGCCGCUGCUGGUGUCCCUGUCUUCGCCUGGAAGGGUGAGACCGAGGAGGAGUACAACUGGUGUUUGGAGCAGCAGCUCCUUGCCUUCAAGGAUGGCAAGAAGCUCAACUUGAUCCUCGACGACGGUGGUGAUCUUACUGCCCUUGUCCACAACAAGUACCCUGAGCUCCUUGAGGACUGCUACGGUGUCUCUGAGGAGACCACCACUGGUGUCCACCACUUGUACAAGAUGCUCAAGGAUGGAAAGUUGAAGGUCCCUGCCAUCAACGUCAACGACGCCGUCACCAAGUCCAAGUUCGACAACCUUUACGGAUGCCGUGAGUCCCUUCUUGACGGAAUUAAGCGUGCCACCGAUGUCAUGGUUGCCGGAAAGACUGCCGUUGUUGCCGGUUACGGAGAUGUCGGAAAGGGAUGUGCUGAUGCCCUCCGCUCAUUCGGUGCCCGUGUCAUCGUCACCGAGAUUGACCCCAUCAACGCCCUCCAGGCCGCCGUUUCUGGUUUCCAGGUUACCACCAUGGCCGAGGCUGCUCCUCAGGGUCAGAUCUUCGUUACCACAACCGGUUGCACUGACAUCUUGACCGCUGAGCACUUCAAGGUCAUGAAGGAUGAUGCCAUUGUUUGCAACAUUGGUCACUUCGACUGUGAAAUCGACGUUGCCUGGCUCAAGGCCAACGCCGAGAAGGUCGUCUCCAUCAAGCCCCAGGUCGACCGCUACUACAUGCCUUCCGGCCGCCGCAUCAUCCUUUUGGCUGAGGGUCGUCUCGUCAACUUGGGAUGUGCCACCGGUCACUCCUCAUUCGUCAUGUCUUGCUCUUUCACCAACCAGACCCUUGCCCAGAUCUUGUUGUUCAACUCCCAGAACCAGGCAUUCACCGACAAGUACCCCGAGUUCCAGAAGGCCGCUGGCAAGCUCGAGGUCGGUGUCUACACUCUUCCCAAGAUCCUUGACGAGGAGGUUGCCCGUCUCCACCUCGACCACUUGAACGUCAAGCUUGAGACUCUCUCUGCUAAGCAGUCCGAGUACUUGUCUCUCCCGGUUGAGGGACCUUUCAAGUCCGACAUCUACCGUUACUAG